UUCCGCGCGCGUGAUACGAGCACGCCGUACCCGGGAAUCACGUUUCAAAUUAUCCGUCACCUUCUGUCGAGUGAAGGGCUUCUCGUUACGCAAAUCCCAAUCGAUCGAAGGUCGACGGUAUCAGUCGUUCAGCUGAAACCGCCGGAACAGAACCGUGUGAACUCCACUCUCUCGGUGUGUCGUUUAUAAUCGAUAAUCCUAUAGUUAAUCGCGUGCCAAAAGUGCCGAGAGAGAACGGAGAUGUUACUGCCAAAAGGACGGAUGUGCGCGUUUUCAUCGAGUCGUUGAUGCUGUGAGAAGCAAGAAGUGUCGCCGGAACGAAAGUUUUUACGCUUAUCCGUCACACUCUUGGUAUCUUAUGCAUGUAGCGUUUGCAAUUCCGGAAGUUACGUAUGAAUCGCAGGACGGAUCUAAGACCAGGUGUGACUACGUGAAGAGGACCACCGCGAUUCAAUUACGCGCUUUGCUACCGCCGUCAUCAUGGUGGUGUCACAUCACGAGUCCAGCAUCUCGUCGAACAUACGGGCGAUAAUCGAACAGCUGAACCUAAACCCGGUGGAGAGGCGACGACUGAUCGACAAGACUAGGCAGGGCAGCAACGCGCGAUGCAAGAGCUUUCCGGAUGGGAUAGUGGUGGAGUCUCAAGCACCGAAGAUCAGCAUCGGCGUCUACGGAUGCAAGGAUCGGAACACUGAAUACGAAAUACCUACUCCGAUCAGCAAGACCGCGAUUGCGGUGCGUAAGAUCGAGAUCGAGCGGUCGAGGUCGAAGGCGGAGACACGGCAGAGACUUCCUCCUCAGAAGAAGGAAGCGCACAUCGUGUGUCAGGUGAAGAAAGAAGCGCCCGCCGUGCCGGUGAAGAAAGAAGCACCUGCUAAGGUAAAGAGAGAAUCGCGGAUGGAACACGCAAACGAGGGGCUCAAGAACAAGUUCGAGUGCCAGCCGAUAGUGUCGAUCAGAUGCUUCACCAAGGAUACGACCUUUAACAAGGAUACAUCCCUUAAUAAGAAUACAUCCCUUAAUAAAGAUACGUUUCUAAACAAGGAUGCAUCUCUUAAUAAGGAUACAUUCUUUAACAAGGAUAUAUUCCUUAACAAGGAUGCAUCUCUUAACAUGGAUGCAUCUCUUAACAAGGAUGCAUCUCUAAACAAGGAUACAUCUCUUAACAAGGAAAUCUCCUUCAAGAAGGAUAUGUUCCUUAACAAGGAUGAGUCCUUUAAUGAGGAAGCGUCUCUUAAUAAGGAUACAUCCCUUAACAAGGAUGAAAAUCGAGUGACGACGACGCCAGUACCAACGAAAAUCCAACCAAAAACUCAACGGGCGAUCAAGGGAGAGCAUGUAGCUCGAAUCGACGUCGGCACGAUCGAGGACAAGGUCGCGGACGCGUCAACGAUGUCAAUCAGACCAUUGUACAAGAUCGAGGAUCGCCUCAGAUUGAGACAACUAAAUACGACGGUGACUGUCAGAAUCCACCAAACUACGAGGGAACCGACGAAGGAACAGUCUCGCGUCGAAGACGCGAUCGAGAUUACGAGAUCGACGAAAGAUACGGUUGAUCGGAUUGUUCCGGUAGCUAAAGAAGAUUUACCGCAACUAGAAAGCGCGAGCUUGAGCCACACUGCAGCACAUCACCGGAUCUCUGUGCGUCCGAAGAACCGGCGCCCACCACGUCGCACGAUGCCGAUGACAUCGCCCAACAGUGCCGCACCCAGUUCGCCAUCGAUACCACCGACCAUCGCUGAAGACACCUUGGACAGUUUGGAGCAACAAAAGCAACAGCAGCAAUUACUCCAAUCGACUAGCAAUGCGCCGUCACCGACGGAACCACCUAGGGCUAUUGGCGUGACUAGGAAGUCGUCGAGCCGGCUGUCCCGCAAUUCCGAUAUCUUCGAAGAAUUGGAAUCAAAGUUGCCGCGAAAACCAAGCGCAACAUCAUUAUCGCCAGAUAGUCUGGACGCUACAACAGCGUCGCGAAGCAGUACCGAGAUAAACAGCACUGUUACCGAGGAACAACAGGCAGAAGUCAGAUGGAUACCGGUCGUCAGGAGGCCAUCCAAUCGGAUAUCCAAGGGCUCCGACGUGUUUGAGGAACUGGAAGCGAAACUACCGCGUAGAAGAUCUUCGUCAAAUCGAUUGUCCAAGUCGCCCGACAGUCUGGAUUCAUCUCCCGGCUGUUGGUUCUCCAAAUCCACCGAAGACGGCUUCGACAAACUGAUGGAAUAUGAACAGACCGCAAAACCGGUGGCUUCCGUAAGAAGACAACUGCUGAAUCCAAUCUCGAAAUCCACUGAUCGCGUUUCUAAAUCAUCAGACAGUUUAGAAGCGAUCGAACCGCUGACCAGCGAUGAUUCGAUGGAGCGACGACGAAGUAGUUUCGACUUCCGAGCGCGUAGAAGUUCGAAGGCGAUGUCUAAGUCGUCGGAGAGCUUUGACCUGCUUGAACAGAGCGACUGCGCCGGUGAGGAAAUCGGCCAAGAACUGCAGAAGAGAAGCAGCGUGUCCGAUAUCAAUUUAUCGCGCGGAAGAAGAUUGUCGAAGAGCAUAUCCAAAUCGUCCGAGAACUUUGAGAGAAUCGAUAUGAAUGACAUGAAGGACGACGUCGAGGCAGAAUUGAUAUUGGAUGAUGACGCGCCAAAGAUGGGCGGUAGACGAUCAAGCAAGAGAAUGUCCUCGGAGAGUUCGGAUAAUUUGGACGUAGAGGAUAGGCUAGAAAACAGGAGGGUCAGAAGAACGCCUAAAAGAAUACCGAGCACCAGCAUAGUGGAUAUGGUAGUUUCUGGAGAUGACCACGAGGGAGAGAAGCGACCGACUCCUACCAGAAAACCAUCGAGACUCCAGAAAUCCUCUGAAAGCUCAGAAUUGGGUAGCACGGAUACUCUGGAUUCGGAGAGGAGGAACAAAUCAUCGGAGAGCACCGAGACGUUGGAUAGUCUGGAGAAAGACUUGGAACAGGAUAGGAAAGAAGAGGAGAUUACAGAUAGCGUGAUAGAUAGGCGUGAAAAAAAUGAUUCGUGGUCUAGCAGAAACGUACCAGCAACCGAUUCCGAUCAAAUGUCGAUGGGAGACGAUACCGAAGACUCCAAAUCGCUCAUUUCUGCCGACAAUAAAUACUACUGGCGUCAAUCUUCUGAGCCAGUGUCUAAGGAGAACUUAGGUAUCCAACAAUUGUUGGCCAUCACAAUAAUGACCAGAGUGACGGACAACGGAAAUAAUCAACGAGGCUCUAUCAUUUAUCCGAAGAAGAAGCAAAUGAGCACAUCGCAGCCGUCGUCGCCGGUGGCCAAGCAGGAAGAGACGAAGAUGCUUUUCGACAAUCUGCUAGUGAGCAAUAAGAACGAUGAGGACCUGCAAAAUAUGCUUAAUGGAAACAUAUCGGAGGUGUCCACCGACACCAAGAGCUUCAAGGAGAAGCUGAUCAUGUUCGAGAAACUCGGAAAAUGAACGCGAUAGAACGAUAUGAAACCAUUGUUUCAAGAUUCUUUUUCCGAUUAGCGGAUCGCUUUGUUAUAGCGACCGAUGCUUAAUGCAGGAAGAGAAAACACGGGAAAUGCGAGAAAAGAUAAAUGAUCUCGUUUAGCGCUUGAUAAAUACGCAUGUUGUUUGUAGACUAGUAUUCUCCCUAUUGGAGCUAUUUGGAUUAUGGAGUAAAAAAACGAAGGAAAUCAAGAAUUAAAUUUGCAAAUAAUUAUUUUUCAU